AUGCCAAAAAACAAAGGAAAGGGAGGAAAAAAGCGAAGACGAGGGAAGAAUGAAAAUGACAUUUUGAAGAGAGAAUUGGUUGAAAAAGAUGGAGAAAAUCAAGCCUAUGCACAAGUGCAGAAAAUGCUUGGGAAUGGUCGUUUGACAGCUUUUUGUUUUGAUGGAAAACAGCGACUUUGUCAUAUUCGAGGAAAAUUGAGGAAGAAAGUUUGGAUAACGCCUGGCGAUAUUAUUCUCGUUGGACUUAGAGAUUAUCAAGAUGAAAAGGCAGACGUAAUUCUAAAAUACACACCGGAUGAGGCUCGUAUUCUCAAAAAUGCUGGUCAGUUGCCUGAAAGUACAAAAUUAAAUGAAGGCGAAGAGGAAGAUGCUGGAGGGGUUGAAUUUAUUGAUUCUGGCGAGCAUUACAGCGAGGACGAAGUUGCUGCUCAAGACAGAAAUUUCUCUCUUAGUGAAAGUAGUGAAGAAGAGUCAGAUGAAGACGAGGAGGAGGAGGAAGAAGAGACAAAUAUUAAAAGUAAAGGAAAGGUUAAAUAAAUUUAAAAAUUGAGGAAAAUUAUUUUGGGAUUUAAAAUUAUAUUAUGGUACCUAUCGGUUAUACGCCCACAAACAGAGUGUUAUCCGAUAUUGAUUAAUACUGGACUUCAAUAUUGGAUCAAAUAACUGGACUUAUUUUGUUAUAACUUUUAAAUGCGUGAUCAGACUUGAUUAUUCCUAUAGAAAAAAGGUUCCGCUUAUCGAGGGCUUCAGGCUCAAAAAAGUUAUAGCCGAUCAAUAUCGGAUGGCACUCUUUUGUGGGCACAUAACCGUUAAGUACCUAUAUUAUAUUCUUUUAAUUUCGUUGUAUUUAAAAAAAGUAAAUAAAGGUUUGUUGAAAUGUUUAUUU